UUUUUUUUCAUUGUUGCCUAUUAUGCGUUACGAAAUAAACGAAUUACAGGCUUGUUUAAAAACGCCGAUUUUUUUUUUUUAGUGGGUGAAUUGCACAACAUGACCCAUUUGUUGGUCAGGGGAACAUACCAUUGGGGGGGUUUUGGCGACGCAACCCAGCAGCAGCAGCAGAUCUUCAUCGCCACGUCGCGCUGACAGCAGCAAGACAGAGAAGAUUAAUAGCCCGAAGCUGAGGAGCACGCUCAUAGAGUUGCCACUGCUAUUGAAGUAUAUGGCAUUAUUCGUGCUCUUCGGACUCCUCAUCCUCAGUCCACGAACUUCUGCGUCUUGCAGUGACGCGAGGUCGAGCAGAGAAGACGCCGAGCGCUUUCGGGUUGAACAAGCUGCGCCGUUCAGACCCAAACGACCCCCACAUAUCAUCUUCAUACUGACAGAUGACCAGGGUUUCAAUGACAUCGGAUAUCACAACAGACACAUCCGCAGCCCGACGCUGGAUAAGCUGGCUUCACAGGGAGUGCGCCUGGAGAACUACUAUGUCCAGCCGCUGUGCACCCCGUCCCGCAGCCAGCUCAUCACAGGCAGAUAUCAAAUUCACACUGGCCUCCAGCACUCCAUCAUCAGACCACGUCAACCCAGCUGCCUCCCUCUGGAUGUGGUCACACUCCCUCAACGCUUACAGGAAGUCGGUUACUCCACUCACAUGGUGGGGAAGUGGCAUUUGGGCUUCUAUCGGAAAGACUGUUUGCCCACACGUCGGGGAUUUCAGAGCUACUUCGGCUCGUUGACCGGCAGCGUAGACUAUUAUACAUAUGGCUCAUGUGACGGCAAGUCAUUGUGUGGCUUUGACCUCCACGAAGGUGAGUCCGUGGCAUGGGGGAAAGCGGGGAAGUACUCAACUCACCUCUACACCCAAAGAGUGCGCAAAAUCUUAGCAACACACGACUCAACCAGUCAGCCUCUUUUUAUCUUCCUUUCCCUUCAGGCGGUGCAUACACCUUUAAAGCCACCCAAAGAGUACAUCUAUCCGUACCGCCGCAUGGGCAACGUCCCCCGCAGGAAAUACGCAGCCAUGGUUUCUAUCGUUGACGAGGCUGUCCGAAACAUAACUUACGCGCUGCGAAAGUAUGGCUUCUACCGUAAUAGCAUCGUCAUCUUCUCCACUGACAACGGAGCCCAGCCAUUAACAGGGGGAAGUAACUGGCCCCUACGAGGGUGUAAGGGGACAUAUUGGGAAGGUGGCAUUAGAGGGGUGGGUUUCGUGCACAGUCCCUUGAUACGCCAUCGAAGAAGGGUCAGCAGAGCCCUUAUACACAUCACUGACUGGUAUCCAACUCUAGUUGGACUUGCUGGGGGCAAUGUGUCGCACCAUCAGGGCUUAGACGGGUUUGAUGUUUGGCCUACCAUUAGUGAAGGAAAGGAAUCCCCACGAAUGGAAAUUCUGCACAACAUCGACCCUCUUCAUCGGCGGAGUCAGGGCUCGUUGAAGGACGGCUAUGGAUUGUGGGACACCACCGUGCAAGCAUCCAUUAGAGUGGGCGACUGGAAGCUUUUGACGGGUGACCCUGGCCAUGGGGAUUGGGUGCCGCCCCAGGUCCUUACAAACUUCCCCAGCAGCUGGUGGCACCUGGAGCGACAGAUUGAAAUAAAAAGAAAAUCAGUUUGGCUCUUCAAUGUUACAGGCGACCCUUGUGAACGGCAUGACCUUGCAGCGCACAGGCCUGACGUCGUCAAGGAACUGCUAGCACGGCUAGUGUUUUACAAUCGCACUGCAAUACCUGUUCGCUACCCGCCAGAUGAUGCCCGCGCUAACCCCAGUUUGAAUGGCGGUGCAUGGAGACCUUGGGUUAACGACGACGAAAAGCAGGAAAACUGGGAUGGAAUUUAUUACAAGAGAGGGAAGAAUCGCAAAAGAAAGAAAUGUAGGCUCUGCAAAGUACAAUCGUUCUUCAAGAAGCUUAAUUUAAAGAUUAUGACAAAACAAAUAUAAGAUUCUACUGCUGUUGGACACCACUUACAAUUACAAACUUCAUUUCUGACCAUGUUUAAGACCUGGAAAGGAAUAUUACACCCAGGCCAUCCAAGAUCUACAUGACUUUUUUCUCAGGUGAAGACAAAUUAAGGUUUUAGAGGAAAACAUGCUCACCAAAGACUAUUUUCGACAGUCCAAAAUCCAUCUUUACACAGAUUAAAAGUAAUCCAAAUGUGCACGGCUGAUAAAUAAGGGUUGGUAAAUAUGUUAUAAACUUUUUAACUACAAGUGCUUACAUUGGUCAAGUUUGGUUUAGUUCCCGACCUCUUGUCUGCAGAUGUCUUUAUCUCACAAAAGAUACAGUUCAACGAAUCAUUUACUUGGUUACCUUUCUUUUAACUCUUUCCCCACCAUCAACCAGUUAUCUCGUCUUUUAAAAGACAACACUUCCCCGCCAAAAACAAGUUUUACAGCUUUCCGUGUUUUCACUGUUAUACACUGGGGGGCGCUAUUAUACAUCUUCUGAACGAGUACAAAACCUCCCGAACAAGAACACACAUGAAGAGGACGGAGAAACAAGCGAUCUCUUAUGUAAACAGAUGCACAUCAGUAAUAGACAGCAUAUAAAUGAAAACUGCAUAAUGUUACAGAGUAAAAUGAUGAUCCAGGAAGUGGUAUAUGUCUGUGCAAGCUUUGGAGGAGAUGAUGGAAGCGAUUAACUGGAUUUAUACUUUGAUAAUCAUACUGACUAUUAUCCUGAUGUAUUUUUUGAUAGAAAUGUGAUUUCCUCACCCUUUUGCUCAAAAAUAUGCAUUUUUAUGAAACCUACCUAUUCAAGUGUUGAUUAAAAAAAAGAAUGCUUUAAGCUAGAUUUAAACUGUUUUUUAUGUAUUGCAUAUUAAAAUAUUCAUACAGCAAAAUAGUGAAAAUCAUCAAAAAUGCUCGCGGUGGAUGGCAACUUUUUAAAAAAAGUGCUAGCGGGGAAAGAAUUGAAACUAUUAAUUAAAAUUAUUAACAAUGGUUUGAGCACCUGCAGACCUCUUAUGUUUCAACUGUUUUUGCAUCCUAUCAGACUGUAAUGUAAAAUUCAUAUGGCUUGCUGCUGAGCACCAGGAGACCACGAGGACGUCAUUACAUUUCAACUCUAUAUUACAAGUACAUGCUGUUUGUUCAGGCUCAUUGGAUAUUUCUUAACAGAUGCCCUGUAGCACUGGUAUUGGUGGAUGGAUGAUACGUCUUCUUGGGGUCAGGUCAAAUACCAUUUAAGGACCUAAUGGUGGAACUGUAUGACCUUUCAAAGCUCUCCACAAACCAACCUCUGCCCACAAAUGCAUUCUGUGGAAGCAUGAGACAAAUCAGGGACCAGCAACCAACCUCUCUUUGUUGAAUGGAGAAAUGUGCUAAUAAGCUCCUCUUUAUUUUCAUCAAAUGAUUGGUGAUGGACAAUAGACAGAAAUGAUUUUCCGAUUCUUUCACAGUUACAGUUUCAAAUUCAGUGGUGAUGGAAAAAAAUAUGUGCAGUUGUGUUUUAUAUACAUAUAUAAUUAAAUAUAUGAUUUUGAAAUACGCCUCAUGUUUUUGCACAGAAAUAUGGAGGAUAUUUGAGUGGAUUUAUCUGAUGGCUUCAUUGGGUAUUCAGUGCUUUGAGAUAUCUAGAUAGUAGUACUGCCCCCUUGUGAAAAAGACAAAACAAUUUUCAAACCUUUAAUUAGAAGUGUUGGGGUAAAGCAUUACACAUAACGUAAUCAGAUUACUUUUUUCUAGUAACUAGUAAAGUAACAUGUUACUUUUUAAUUUACAAGAAAAUAUCUGAGUUACUUUUUUUUUAAAAAAGUAACACCCGUAACUUUGUUUUCCUAUUUAUUGACUGGUGGGUCUCCUGUCCCCAUAUUGGGAGAAAUCAGAAGUACAGAGGCGUUGUGUGCACUGUGUGAAUAUGAUGUAGUUCUAGACUAAAUGUGAAUGUGCAAUAAUUCAUCCCACUCACAAAAAAAUGGGUUUUGUAUUCAUCAAAAUGAAUUAAAACAGUGUAAUGCAA